ACCGUUUUUUUUUUUUUUUCAAAGUCCAUCUUUUCCAAAUACUUCAUACUACUGAUUCACUUCAUCUAUAAACAUCUGUCUUCAUGAUUUUCCUGACAUGUCCUUUACUGGUGUUAAUUAUUUUUAAAAGUGUUUAAGUAGGCAACAGAACACAACUGUCUUCUUGCUAGCCCCUUUCACUUCCUAACAUCACUAUAGUAUGUGAGUGAGCAUGUACUCAAAGUCUCCUUGCAAAGGACAUCUUGCCAAUGUUUAUACACUUAAAUUCUAAAAGGGUGUGUAAAUGUUUCUUCUUCAGGGACAAAUACUCCAGUUGUGACUCCUCACAAAGGAGGGACAUUUUAUUCACCUUCUCAAUGCAGUCUAUCAUUAUUCAUUACUUUAAAUCCCAAUUGCUGAUUAAAGUUUCCCCUUUUAGGCACCCAUAGUACAGAAUGCAGAGAAAUAACUUCACUGAAGUGACAGAGUUCAUCUUCCUGGGAUUCUCUAGCUUUGGAAAACAUCAGAUAACCCUCUUUGUGGUUUUCCUAACCAUCUACAUUUUAACUCUGGCUGGCAACAUCAUUAUAGUGACAAUCACACACAUAGACCACCACCUUCACACUCCCAUGUACUUCUUUCUGAGCAUGUUGGCAAGCUCGGAGACUGUGUACACACUGGUCAUUGUCCCAAGAAUGCUUUCCAGCCUGAUUUUUUACAACCUUCCCAUAUCCUUGGCAGGCUGUGCAACACAAAUGUUCUUUUUUGUCACCUUGGCCACCAACAACUGCUUUCUGCUCACAGCAAUGGGUUAUGAUCGUUAUGUGGCUAUUUGUGAUCCUCUGAGAUAUACAAUCAUCAUGAGCAAGGGAAUGUGUGCCUUGUUGGUUUGUGGGUCUUUAGGCACUGGCCUGGUUAUGGCAGUUCUUCAUGUGCCAGCCAUGUUCCAUUUGUCCUUUUGUGGCACAGUGGUGGAGCAUUUUUUCUGUGACAUAUACCCAGUAAUGAAGCUUUCUUGUGUUGAUACCACUGUCAAUGAGAUAAUCAAUUAUGGUGUAAGUUCAUUUGUAAUUCUUGUGCCCAUAGGGCUGAUAUUUAUCUCCUAUGUGCUCAUUGUCUCUUCCAUCCUUAAAAUUGUGUCUGCUGAAGGCCAGAAGAAAGCCUUUGCCACCUGUGCCUCUCAUCUCACUGUGGUCAUUGUCCACUAUGGCUGUGCCUCCAUUGCCUACCUCAAACCCAAAUCAGAAAGUUCAGUAGAAAAAGACCUUCUUCUCUCUGUGACCUACACUAUCAUCACUCCCUUGCUGAACCCUGUUGUCUACAGCCUCAGGAACAAAGAAGUCAAAGAUGCUCUAUGCAGAGUUGUGGGCAGAAAUACUUCUUAAAUGAUUUGAAACUUUUUGUCAGGAGAACUUUAGCUCAAGUAUGUCUACUCAUCAAGAAGACAUGAUCUACAUGUUCAUCAAAUAC